UCACAGAAAUAAACAAUGGCUGCGAUGAAUUCUCGAUUGCUGGCUAGUCAAGCUCACAAAUUAAUAUUGGAUGCUAAUAGAUUAUGCCAGCACAACGUAAUAAACCCUGUGAGAACAAUGGUCAAAAAUGAAAGUGGAGCACUUCUUCCAAGACCAACACAAGUUCGGUUUGGGCUUAUCAAAGUAGCUUUAACUAUAACACCAUUUUUACUUGGAGGAGCAACAUUAAGUCGUGAAUUUGCAGCCUGGCUAGAAGAGCAUGAACUGUUUGUACCAGAUGAUGAUGAUGAUUAGAUUAGAAUAAUGAUUGAAACACAAGAUGUAAAUUUAUCCUUAUUUGUGAUUUUUUUUCCCUAUAUACCUGUUUUUAAAUUAAAAUUUUUUAAAACAAGUUUUUUACUUCACUAUCGGUUAUAAUAUUUACACACAUUCUUGUAGGUGUUAUUUGUAAACAGACUUCUGAGUACUUUCGCCCUUUUAUAUUUCAGGAUCUGUUUAUUGUAGAUAUUUUUAAUAAUGGUUUUCAAAAUAAACAUUCAUCUAAAUGCA